CCCAAUUUUAAAUCCACAAACCCUCUGCUUUAGAUUUUCCGUUGCACUUCCAUGCCCGGUUGAAUUCCACCCCUUUCUCUGCCGUCUGCGGCCGGAUUUUCUCCACUUUAAAUGGGUAAAACCUCCAUAUAAACGGGCUUGUAUCGCCAUUGCUUCCAUUGCGAUAGAUGGGCUUCAACAUAGCGAUUUACCGAUGCAUAUCUGUUGGGUUUCCAUGAUGAUACAAGUUAUAGUGAAGCAAGAGAUCAUGCUUUUCUUAAUACAAACAAAUAAGUUGCAAAUUCAUCGGAACUUAAACAUUGCCUUUAAACAAACUAGCUGGUUUCACUGUUUGUCAGAGACGGAUGUUGCAAUUGAAAGAAUUGCUACAGUUAUAAAUGACCAUCCUUUUCCUGAUAAGAGGCUGCAUUCCACACUUCGCCGUGAGAUACCUCCAGGUGUUCUGUCUACAACCUUUGUGGAAAAUGUCCUUGGUCACUUGUUUGGUGCGCACUCAAAUGGCAUUAAGGCAUAUGAAUUUUUCAGGUUUUGUCUCUGUCAGCCUCAUUAUGUUCCAAGUUCAGAUGCUUUUGAGAAGACACUCCACAUACUUACAAGAAUGCGCUAUUUUGACAAAGCUUGGGAACUCAUGGGAACAAUCAGGGAUAAACACCCUAUCCUGCUUACUCUCAAAUCGAUAAGCAUCAUGAUAUCAAGAAUUGCGAAAUUUCAGUCCUAUGAAGAAACUCUUGAAGCAUUUCAGAGGAUGGAGAAGGGUAUAUUUUCAGGGAAGCAAUUUGGGAGUGAAGAAUUCAACAUACUUCUUCGAGCUUUCAGCACACAAAGGCAGAUGAAAGAAGCACGAUCAGUUUUCAACAAGCUCCACACUAGGUUUUCUCCCAACACCAAAACAUUGAAUAUUUUGCUCUUGGGAUUCAAGGAAUCAGGCGGUGUUACUUCGGUUGAGUUGUUCUAUCAUGAGAUGAUUAAAAGAGGUUUUAAGCCCAAUAGUGUGACUUAUAGCAUUAGAAUUGAUGCUUACUGUAAAAAAGGUUAUCUUGGCGAUGCCUUGAGACUCUUUGAAGAAAUGGAACAGUGUAAAAUAAUGCCCACAGUAGAGACUAUUACUACUUUGAUUCACGGUGCUGGGAUAGCUCGAAAUGUUACAAAGGCAAAAGAAUGUUUUGAUGAAAUUUCCAAGAGAAACUUGAAAGCUGAUAUUGGGGCUUAUAAUGCCCUCCUGAGCUCUCUCCUUCAGUGUAAAGAUGUAAAAUCGGCUGCCGCUCUAAUGAAUGAAAUGGAGGACAAAAAUAUCGGGCUUGACAAUGUUACAUAUCACACAAUGUUUUUGGGAUUAAUGAGAUCAUAUGGUAUUGCUGCUCUUUCGGAACUUUAUCAAAAGAUGAUUGAGAGAAAUUUUGUGCCAAAGACACGGACAAUUGUUAUGUUAAUGAAAUACUUCUGUGAGAACCAAAGACUUGAUUUGGGUGUGAAUUUGUGGAGUUAUUUACUGGAGAAAGGACACUGUCCUCACAGUCAUGCUUUAGAUCUUCUUGUGACUGGAUUAUGUUCCAGAGGAAGGUUUGAAGAAGCUUAUGAUUGUUCAAAGCAAAUGUUGGAGAGAGGUAGACAUAUGAGUGAGCUAUCAUAUAGAAUGUUGGAGAGGUACUUACUGCAGAUUGGACAGAUGGAUAAAUUGCAAAACCUGGACAAGCUGAUAAGGAGAUUACAAGCAACGCUCCCACCUUCCAGGGGACAUGCAAAUGCAAACUCCUAGUGUAUCUUCUUCCAGGUCGGUCGUAGCAGUAUAAAUUUAUCUUCUUUUAGUGUUGUGCGCAGAUCUAUUUGUGGUGCUAAAAUACAUUUUGCUUGAGAUAUUUCAUUUUGACAGUGAAAAUUCAUUAGUUUCCAAUUGACUCAUCCUAUUUUGACCAAAUUUCAGUGUUGUUUGUGACGUACUUUAUAAUUUUCUUGGCUCAACCCCACUCACCUCUCAUAGGUAUCUAAAAUUUGAUUUUGAACCAUGAUGUACUCCUUGCUAGUUUUUUUUUUUAAAUAGAGGGAUUUCAUUUAUCGCUGCAUAUACUGCUGAAAAUUGUAAUGACUUCUUGUUUGGCCAAUUCUUGAUGCAUGUCUGUUAGUUAUCAACGUGAGGUCAUUACUUCACUUUCUCAUCGAUAUUAUGUGAUCUUGAUUCCUGUUACCAUGACUGUAUUUGACUUCUGUCAAGUUGAUUAUCCUGAUGAAGUUGUCUCAGUCAUUGGGUUUCUCAAAGUUGAUCAACUCUGGAAGGAGUACAUGUCUUCUAAUGCAGCUUAUCAGGAUGGCCUCCCGAGCAUAUGUCAUUCCCCCAAGUAGACCUGUUAGUAAUCUGGUCUGGGCCUCACCUGCUCUGCUAAUCCUAUUCGGAAGACCUGCCACAGGGAUACUGCAUCCCAAUUUGGAACAAUCUCUUCACUUGCAAUAUGGUGUUAACGAUAAGUAAUGCAGGAUUGCAUUCCCCAGAAGUUCAGGUUCUGCAAAUAUUGUAUCAGAGAUCUUUCUUAAAGCACCCUUAAUAUUGCACCUGGUUUCGGAUAAGUUUAUUAGUCUCACUUUACUGGGAAGGAUGAGUACCCUGAUAAGAAGUUAUUAUCUGGGAGGCCAUCAUUUGUUUCAAUUUUUGUAUGAUGCACAACAGUAAAGAUUCAUGCAGAUGAAGCUACGUCACUCUUUUAAAGUGCCUCCGUGACCCCUGCUUUUGAGGCCCCGGUCGUGUCAUCAGUUUAGCAUGGGAGGAUGUGGAGCUACAAAACAUCAGAUAAACAAAGUUCCACUUCCUUACUGGCAUAGGCUGGCCUAUGCCUUAAUUUACUUGCUCUCCUUUCUUGUAUUAGCAUAUUGACUAUAUUCUAGUAACACCAGUGUCUUAUGUUGUAGUGUUUGAAAUUCAGGUCUGACAUUAGGACUUGAAGAGUUUGUUCCUGAAGCAAUAGUUGAGCUUCUUUCUUAGAGAGUUUGUCAAACAUUAAAGCAUGCUAAUGACGAAUAUGAAACUGUAUUUUACCCUUC